CUUAGCUCGCUUCGAUGUCCUUUUUGGAAGUGUUAUCUCGGUUAUCUUCGGACACAUUGGGAGCAAUGAUAAAUGCCAUCCAGGGAAUAACAUACCUUCAGUCAAUUUCAUUGCUGCGCUAUUGAGAUAAGGAUAAGGCAUUGGUUGUGUCAAGGGGUAUAAAAAUCCUAUAGGAGAGCCCUUGCGAAAGCAUACGAUAUAGAACCUUCGAUAAUCGUUCUUUUCUUGUGGUUCUUGCGACUUGCUGACAGUGGAAUCGAUGAUUUUCAGGCUUAGAUAUCGUGCUGAACCAAAAUGGAAUAAUGCUGUAACUCCCUCAAAGGUCACAUGACAGUCAUGAUGCCAACAUAUAAAACGUCUGCGAGCCUCGUUGGAGGAUUGUAAACAUACAUCACGUGGUAGUGAAAAUGGAGUCCAAACAGACAACAGACAUUCACUCUGAGGAAGAAAUUCCCAACCAGACGAGAUCUGAUUCCAUUUCAACAACGGCUAGUGACGUCACUAAUGACACGGUUGAUGACGAGGGCGAGAGAAUGAGUGUUGGACACUCUUUCAUCCGGGUUUCCUCCCCUGGUCCUGACGGGGCGAAAAAUAUUACCGAAAUAAGUGGCUCAAGCCUCGGCAAAACUUUAGACAAUGUUAAUUUGAACAUCAGUGUUAAUGUCAACAAGACCUCUCUCAAAGGUCAAAAGGUCAAGGACGAACCUAAGCAUAAGGAGCAGACGAUAGAUGUCGCUCCAAAACUCGGGGUCAAGGCCGUUGCGAAAGAGGAAAGUGAAUCGAAAAAGGACAAAGAUGGGAAAUAUACAAUCGAUUUGCAGUUUACUAUAAAUAUGGAUAAUAUAAAAAAAGGGAAAGGUCACAAGGGGCGGCGACGCCGAGAUAAGAGCGAUAGUGAGUUGAAUGAAGGUGGCGAUAGGGGGCGUGAGGAGGGCGGAAGCGACGAUGAUGAUGUGGAUUUAGGGGAAGGUGCUAUUGGCGGUCUACAGUACGAUGUGAUUCCUGAGGAACCGGAGAACACAAGUGCUUCUGGGACCCCACGUGGUUCGCUUGGGCUCGAAGGCGACAAUGGCAAUUUCCUGGCUAAAAAAUUAGGGACAGGGUACUUGAGUGGAUAUGAUUCUGGAUAUUUUGAUUAUGGUAAGAAGCAGGCCACGGAUUUAGAGGCGCAGGAAAGGGAUGAGGGCCAAGCUUCCUUACGGAUCUCUGCGUCACCGGAUGACACCGGAACAAACACGGGCGACGCAGAAGAGGACCGUGAGUCAAUGCUGCAACGACAAGAUUCUGCCGAGAAAUCUAAAAAGAAAUCAAAAUCUUACAUUCGAAAAGAAAGAGCUAAGAAAUUAAAGGAUGAAGUCACGCCGGAGCCUCGGCCUAGGAGGAGAUCGGCAGUGGAGUUAGGUUCAAGGUCGGCCGUGGAAGGUCAAGGUCAGCAACAGACCAAACCGGGCAGACGAUUAUCUGUGACUUCAGCGAAUGAACAACACAUGAUGGGCUCGAGUGAUGAGGAAGCAUUGAAUGGCAGUGAUACGGGAAAAUUAGACACUUUGAUUAUGUUGAACAAACUUAAUAAUUUCCUGAAGAAAAACAUGCCGGGAUUAAAACAAAAAUCGGAUCACCGUACUGAGCGAGGUUCGCAACCUGUCGUAAUGAACGGCGCGAGUUAUGCAGCGGAUUUAGAUAAUAAAAUGCUUGAAAUAGCCAGCGGGGAGGAUUUAGACACCUCUUUCAUUUCAAAUACUACUACAGAGGACGGUGAGCACAGUGGAGAGGUGACCCCGCGCAAUGCAUCUGAUACCGAAGAGGAAGAGGGUAUGCUGGAGGCAUUGACCCCUCGCAACGCCAACCCGGAGCGGCGUGCUAGAUCUAGUUUGCCACAAUCAGAAAAUAAUCAACCCGAUAAAUCGAAUAAGCAAACAACGCAAAGAAAAACAUUAACACGACAAUAUGCCAAGGAGGAUUACCUUACGCCGCAAGACCUCGGUGCAAGCUCGCAAACAAACACACCAACGCAAGCAGACGAGAGUAUGAGACCGGGCCGACUGGCGGAUCGCAGGCGUCAAAUAAACAGCGUCCCGUCCAUCGAAGUCUCAAACGAAAAUAACGAAACAGUGGAGGUUGUCAAGCCAAAGGUCCAGGAUGUUCCAAAAUCGCCGAAGAUACAACGGGCGAAGUCGGAGAGUGCUGUCAGCCAGGGAUUACUGGCACCGUAUUGCAAAUUGGACAUGGGUAAUGGAACAGAUGGUGAUGAGGUGUUUACAUUAUCUGCGAACCGAAGUCCGCACUUCUCUGCCAAACAUGGGCUGCAUCGGACGGAGACGCUUCAGAUGGACUCAACUGGCCGCACUAGGGCGGAAAUUGUCCUAGACUGCGACCACGCGGAGAAUUUGACUGCUGAGGAGCUAGGGAUUACACUCGGUGAGGGUGAGGAGUUGCGUGUCUUGCCGGUCUUGGUUUUGGACGCUGACACGGACGGUACAGAGGGGAAUCCGGCUGAGGAAAGACCCGAAUUUCCUCACUCUUUCGCGCCGAUUGGGAUUAUACCAUUAUCUGAUAAAAAGGAGAAUCUGACGCAGCAGGAAUUGGGCCACAUUACGGAGAAAGCGGAGGAGAUAUUGAAGGAAACUGAGCGAGGUAAGAUGUUCAAAGCAGUCCCUUCCCCGAACUUCCAUGUUGGUAGGCCAAAGGCCCCGACUGUGACUCGGACGAGGGUGCUGCGCCCCGCUGCGACGGGGACGCAGCCGAAACAGCUACAGACCCAGGAAGAGCCUGCCCUGCCCGUGACCAUGAUGAUGAAGUCCCCGCAGAUUGGUAGGCGCACAAUGUCUGAAUGUGGGAGUCCCCGGGGCAGCCCAAGGGUCAAGCGGGCAAUCUACAAGGAAUUCUUUGAACCAACUCGCCGAGUGACUCGGCAAGAAAAUGAACUGUGCUCUCCGAUUGAGAAGCGACAUCACGAUGUCAUUGAGGGUUUAAACCAGAUGCAGUUUGAGAGACAGAUAUCUGGCGAGGAUAUCAGCACGAGCGGUUUGGGUGGCUAUCACAAGGAUUUGCGAUACCAAAGACGGAGUUCGCGUGACUCGGUCGGGAGUGAUUCCAGUAGCGCCGGAUCGAAGGAGGACCAGAAACAAGAACGAGUGUUUGUUUUUCCGCCUACUGUGCCAGCGAGGAAUAGUUACAGGAUUGACUCCGACCGCGAGGAUACCGCUAGCAUCAGUUCCGGGUCGGGGGCCAGUGUAGGAGCCGGGGAUUCGAUCCGGGAACGUAAAAAAUCUCUCGAGGAGAAAGUCAAACAAGGUGAAAAUCGGCCACCACGUCCUCGACCACCUCGGACUCUCAAUUUUUCGAGUGUUUCCGAUAUGCGCGAUGAUAUCAAGAGAAAACUAAGUGACGGGGAUAAUGUUCAGCCGGUUCUGGAUGGAAACAGGACAAGGCAACCCCCUGAGGCAAAACUUACAGCUUUUGAAAAACCACCAGAAUAUGCAGGGGUCAGGAGUAAGUUUGAGAAGAUGAUGGCUCACGAUGGACUGCAGUCGCCAACGCUGUCCCGGCGGCCCGACACAGGAAGCGGAGGUUUGUCAAUUACUAGGGAUUCUCAGUUCUCGAAGACCGUUGAGGAUAAGCCGGCCACCGUGGCGAAGAAACCUGAGCAGUCAUGGACUUUGAGACAGCGCGAACCCGAGCGAAGUAAGUGCGCUAGUGCACCCACGAACAGUAACACUUCUAGCAGCAGGAUUAAAUCAUACCCGCCUCCAAGGACGGAUGAUGAAUGGUUCAUGCCGAGUUUCGUCCCAAAGACGAAAGGAGGGGAAAAAGACACAAAAGAGAAAGAAAAGCCAAGUCCUCGCGAUGUCUCGCCGUUCCGAGUUGAAAACACCGAUUGGUUUUAUACGGAACCUGAGGUUGCUGGGCAACAGCAGAGCAGCCGAACACUGACAAUCCCGGGCUCGUCUGGCGCGAGGCAGAAAAGACACCAAUGGUCGGGGGCUGUGCAGCAACAGAACCGUGAUCCUAGCGAUUCAGGGACUAAGUCACGGUCGGGCAAUCAGAAAAGUGCGCCUAAACUUUUAUUAAAUUCAAAUAACAACGCGCGCAAAUCACGUGACGGGGAAGAACAGGACUGGCAGUUUUUACAAAAGACUGAAUCACCGAAAACCCAAUCGUCGCCUGUCCAACUUAAAAAACAUGCGCGCUCAAAAACUGAUGAGCCUCGUUAUGGGCUUACAGUUCAGGCUGAAAGUAAACAUGAACGGUCAAGGUCAUCUGAUGGAAAUAAUUAUGGAUUAACGCUGCAAACCUCGGCCAGGCCGAGAACUGUGUCGCAAGGGAGUGAGGCUGAUGACGUUUUCGUGAGUUACCCGAACAAUAGUACAUCUCGAUCGCCAUCUUUGAGUCGGGCGUCAUCGCAACCGCAAACUGUCGGCAGCCAGAACCCGUUUAAGGAUUAUAGACCUGUCGGUAGGCACCAGCCGAUUGUUAUUGACGGGCGAACACCACCUAAACCGCAGCCCGCAUCCACAUCUCCUAACAUCCCGUCAAGGACAUUAUCGGAUGUUCAGAGGUCAAAACCGAUACCAGUUAGGGGUCAAAGUUUACAGUCGCCAUAUCCGCAAAUGUCAAGGUCGAAUCCGAGUCAGAGCAGUAUGUCUGGCCUCGCGAUGAAAGCAAUUGCGAACGACACGCGCAAUUACCCGAGUACCUCUUUCGAUAGUUCGCGUGGAGACUGCCAGCAGGGGUACCCCAGUAUGGCCAGCGUCGAUUCAGGCUGGUAUUCAGAUAGGUUAGAUUCGACCAUGAGUGAUGUUUUCGACCAGGAGGGGUACACUUCGGACACGACAGAGACGCCAAGGGCUGUACCCGGACGUAACUUUUUCCCGGGUUAUAACGGAAGAGCAGACGACAGCGUAAAGUCACCUGACCCAAAGCCUCAACUGGAUUCGGCUAUCAACCAACUUCUGGAUGAAAACGACGGCUACGGAAGUGAUGAUGAACUGUUCAGGCAGAGGUGUAUCGACGUCUUCAAGACGUUGCAUCACGAAGAUGUUGUUUAUCAACAGUUCCAGAAACUUUUAAGGUUCAGGCAGCGUCGGAUUAGUUUGCACAAAGACAACUUCAAAAUCAUCCCGAAAAAGGACGAUCGGAAUGAAAGUGAUAGUGAUGGGAACAUGGCCUAUCUUGUGUGAUAAAUAAUUGAACUUCAUGAAAGCCGCCAUCGUUCAUUGGUUGAAUCUGAGCCUUGUUGUUGCGACGGCCAAUCAGGCUGCUCGUUACAUCUCCUUUAGGAGUAAAAUUGAUUUGUGGUGUUGGCGACUUUCAAAUAUCGACACAGUGCCAUUCAAAUAAUUAUGUUUGAACCUCUGCGGAUAUACAAAGCGCAUUAUAAAUGUGAACAUCAACAUUUGUUUCCGAUGUGACCUUGAAAAUUAUCUUAAAUCAAUACCGAUAUGUACUUCCAUUGCCAUGAGGGGAAUUUUAUGCUCUACAGCAAUGUUUAUCUUUUCACGUGAGCCAGUAGAAAUCAUCUUGACUCUCAUGCGUUUGCGUCACCACUAUCGAGCUUUGGCUGAGUUAUUCAGCGAGCUCAAAACAUUGCGGGUCAAGAUGGUAGAAAUACAGUUAACACAAACAAUUUUUGAUUUUUGUGGCCUCCAUGUGUUGUGGCCUUCUAAAGGUCUUGGCCCGGUUUUUCAAAAACAGUUUUGUCGCUAAUGCUGGCGUUAGCUUAACUUGGCGUUACGUUUGAGGGCUAACUGAGGAGCUAACGCUAUGUUAAAGGGGGACUAUAGGCAGGAGCAGAGGGGCUAAUUCGGCCUUCAGGUGACUAAUAUACACAGUAAGGGCCCUGGGUCAUGUCAGAUUCAGCACUAGAUAUAUUCCUCGUACAAGCGAGAAUCAUUUCAACGUACUGUGAGAUGUGAUAGAGACCCCUAUUGGCGACUUUGUGUAACUUUAUCUUGCCUGCCUAGCUGCUGCCUAUAUUGUCCCUUUAAGUUGACGCCAACGUUAGUGACGAAAGUUGUUUUGAAAAACUAGGUCCUGCGCCUAACUGAAAGAAAUAACGCCAAGUAGAGUCUAACUUGUUUUGAGCAACUGGGCCCGUGUAUAUACAGCUGUGUAAAAAUCUGUAUACAUUUCGAACAUAGUGGAUUGGAGAUUUUGAUAUACAUGUACCUCCAACUCGCAAUAGGGCUUGUACAAUGUAGUGUAUUUAUCAGACUAUGCUUAUGGAUUAUAUUCAGUGUAGGAAUAGGAGUACAAUGUACUGUUGAAUGGGCAUACUACUUAUAUCAUUAUUGGCUUAGCAAUUUUGAAAUUUAAAUUUUUUUCUACUCGUCUGAGUUUUUGAAAAGGACGUAUGGGUUUUGGCUGAGAAAAGAUAUUGUAAGACCAGGUCUCAGUUAUUUCUUAGAGAGCAAAUUGCAUUUUCAGUCAAGUCUUAGACUCGUUUACAUGUACAUCAGAGUCUUGAAAGACUCUUUUUACAUAGAUUCCCGGCAUAGAGUUCACUUUGCCAUUAGUAACAUGUCACUUUAGGAACGAACCAACCAUUUCCAAAGCUGUUGCUGCAUAAGAUUCACGAUAUCACCCUUCACCGUCACGUCACGUCAAGUCAUGUUUUAAGCCCAAUUCCUUGUGACACGUGACAUGUCACAUGUGGACCUUGACAAGUGACAACGUGAAUCAAUGUUAACUCUUUGAAAAUUCUGUGAGUUCCCCUAUCGUUCCCCUAUUAUUUCAGUGGGACGUGUAUUUCUGUCACAUAUCGGUACAGGUACGAAAUAUACAUUAUGCUGCAUGCAGGGCAUAAGAACCCACAUGUCGGUUUUCAACUAGGUUUUUGAACUAAGAACCUGCUGUGAUUGUCUCAGACUUGUGACAUCGGAUUAACAUUGAAAUGACCAUGCAGGCCGAAUAAUGGGAUCAAGCCUCUAUAACAUUCGCACAUCAGUGCCGUCUAAAUCAACCCGAUAAUCCCUUUGUGUACACGAUUAUCAUAAUCGUAUGAUUAUAUUAAAGUGUGAUUGAUAUAUGGCUAAGAUUAACGGUAAUGUGUACGCAUACUUUGAUUCCACGACCCUGUUAUAUCUUAGUUUAGUGAGAAUGCAGUGAUGUCUCGGCUCUCUUUAUUGACCAUAGGCCACAGCAUUUUGUUUGGAACUUGUAAUCCUAUAGCAAUUGGAACUCUCUCUAAGCAAAGUGAAUGCCAAUUUCAAGCAUGUGAAUCAGUUUUUUGUUUUCCAGAGAACAGAACCCCAUCCUUGAAUUGACAUUCACCUCAUUACAAAAGAGUUAUAAUUGCUUUAGGAUUUCAAGUUCUUGCCUUAAUGGUGAUGCCUUAGACCCCGAAUUAUUACUUCAAGGAUGACUUGAGCAUAAAAUGAUACAUUUGCACCCGGUAUUGACACCCGUCAGAAAACUGAGACGACUUUGCCUUCGGUCAAGAGGUGAAAAAGUGUCUGCUGUCAGGGUGAACACAUAGUUAUUAUGUAUUCUGAAACACAUCGGUUAACAUUAAGUAUUGUGCGUGUACAUGAACUUUCUAACUGCUCGUAUUAAUGGCCGCAGCGCUAAUGGUGUCGUAACCAUGACCUUUGAUUGGUACUGAAUAUCGAAGCAGUCGAAAAGUAGCCUUAACAAUUCUUCACAUGCCUAUUGACCUUGUGGCCUACUAUUUCUACAAAGUGUAUAAUAGGCCUAAUAUAUUUUAUCAAAGACGAAGCCGAGUGUUUGAUAUACAUGCGUUAAAUCUCGCAUGGUAUUUUUCUUCAAGCCAAUUCAUGUUUGAUAUAGCGCAGUAAAAUAAUUACUUGUGCAGGACCUUAGGCAAUUUUCAUAUGUAGUUAUAUACAAAUGGGCCUAAGUCACGCCUUUGUACUGGGAAACCUGUUGCAAUUAUUAUAAUCUAUUGAUGUAAUUUUGAAUGUUUUGGUUUGAUUUGAAAAUACAUGUAUAAUUGCGGAACCCAUUGCUCACUUCAGAAUAUGUUUAUCAUGAUAAAUAAUGUUGUGUGGGUCUUUUGAAAGCUAAGUAAACCAAGUUACAAUCAGUCUACAAAAGAGAACUGGGGGACAGCCAUUGAUACAUUUUCCCCAGUAUAAUGUCCAAUCCUCGCGCUGAUAACAAGCAGUAUAGAAUUCGUUAAGGGUUGACCACAGGUACCACCGGCAGUUUGGCCACCAGAGCUUGAAAUCCUGACGCAUUUAGAACACUUCCAAAUGAAGUGAACGCCAAUUUCAAGGUUGGGAGUCUGUUCUUUGUUUUUCAGAGAACAGCCUCCCAUGUUUUAAACUGGGCAUUCACUUCAUUGCUUUGGGAUUUCAUUUUAGAACCAAAAUGGUGAUACCUUUGGUCAACCCAUGACGCAUCUCGAAGCCAUCCAACUGAAAGCCAGUACUUUUUUUUGAAGAUGGUUGCAAUCCGAAGGAUUUUUUCCCCUAGACAGGUAGAUUCCUAAGCCAUUUUUCAUUCACAAGAUUCGACCGCGCCUCAUCUCCAAACGCGAAAAGCUCUGAAUCUGAAAUGUUGACUGAUCUGUUGAAAGUUUGAGUAGUGUGUUUUUUGUUAAAUGUCGGAUGUUGCAUUGAAAUCGAUAUCAAGGGAAGUUUUACAGUUUAUAUAAUUUUCAUCUAAGCAUUUUAUAUAAUGCAAUGUCUAGGGUUAGGCCUAUAGUAUACCUAUAGAAUACCUUUAUUU